CAGUGGACAUCGCUCAUCAACUUUUGCUACUAGACGAGCCUUGCACAGCUAGUUAGCAGCUACAAAACAUAUACAUUAUUUAGCCCCAGUUGUCGUUGUCGGUGGUAUAUUUUUUCAUUUCAAAUUUUGGACAGGGAUUUAAAAUCGCCAGCGAUCAACAAUUUCCACAAGUGACGAAGAGACUCCAUUUUCGUAUGUGGCUGCUCGGGCCAGCCAUCAAGACGGCGGAAACCUAGCUGGCUAUGUUGCUAGGCUAACUCUCCCAGGUUAACGGGGACUGGAGCAAGCAAGCGGCUUGCGAUAAAUUGUCUAUUUGACGAUACUUUCGCUGACUACAAAAGACUCCCAGCAUGCUGAUGGUGGGAGGCAAUGGACGGAUGCACUAGAAUGAGUGUGAAGGAGCUCUGUGAGACUGAUGACCUGGCCACCAGUUUGGUGCUGGACCCUCUAUUGGGCUUCAGCACCCACAAAAUGAACAUCAGCCCUCCACCAGUGAUCAGGCGUUGGGGUAACCUCAAAGAGACCCUCUUGAGGUUUCAGCGUACACAUGACUUCAACGCCACGUUCGAGGCACUAACAGUGGGCGAACUGGCUGGUGACUACUUUAAUGCUCUGGGAACCCAUCGGCAGGAGCUGUUGAGACAACAUGUUUAUCGCUACCUCAGUGCCUUCCUGUUGGAUAGCGGUGUCAAGAUAGAGUCCUGUGACAGAUACUCCUCAGAGACUAAUGGUGCAAAGAUAACCUCAACAAGGCACUGGUUUGCGGGAGAGCGAGUUGAAGUCCUGCUGGGCUGCAUAGCAGAGUUGAGCCCCGCUGACAGUGCCGUGCUGAGGGCAGGAGUCAAUGACUUUAGUGUGAUGUAUUCCACACGAAAGCGCUGUGCUCAGCUCUGGCUUGGGCCUGCAGCUUUCAUUAACCAUGACUGCAAGCCAAACUGCAAGUUUCUCCCUGGUGAGAAGAAUAUCGCUUGUGUUGAAGUGAUUCGACCCAUAUCACCUGGGGAAGAGAUCACGUGUUACUAUGGUGCCAGCUUUUUUGGUGAAGGCAACGAAAUGUGUGAAUGCUGCACCUGCGAGAGAAAUGGAGAGGGCCACUUCAAACACAGAGGGAAACAGCCUGAAUGUGAAGAAACAAAGGACCCCGUGGGCCAAAAAUACCGCCUAAGAGAGCGAUAUCUUCGUCAUCACAGGGAGAAAGGUCACUUUACUACAAGGCCGAUAGAACCAGGAAUACACACAGGUAUUCUCAAAGCCAUCCCCUCACGGAACUCAUUCACCCAGCAGAUGAGGAGAAAUGCAUUGAAGCACAGAAAAUUGAGUCAGACGAAGAAGUGGAGACAAGAGAAGCAAAGACGAUCAGGAAAGCACCCACUAAAAUCCUCCACAGUUAAACAGCAUCAGACACCACUUUUAUCCCAAGUUACUCUUGGAGACCUUAGAAUCAGAUUACGGCGCCACUCAGUGGAUUUUCUACUGAAUUGUAAGGAUCCAAAAAGCAAAGAAAGGGCAUUGCUGCAACAACUGGAGGAAGAGAAGCCAAAACAUAACAGCUGGAGUGAACGGAAUUUGACUGGUGAAGAAAAUGACACCAAUGUGGUGAACUUAAAGCCUUUCACCCUAAAUUCCUCCAUGUUACUUCAUCAGAAACUCAAACCUAGUAGCACAAGUCCUGAUAGGACGCCUGUAAAACUGGUGAAGGCAGUUCACUUAAGGAACUCUUCAAGAAAAAAGAGCCUUGCUUGCACCACGCUCACAACCCUGGCAGACUCCAGUGAAACAGCUAACACUACAACUGUUUGUCACCCUGUUAAGGCUGACAAAACCUGCAAUGCAAUAAUACAAGAGAAGACUGAAAAAGAAAACACAGAAACUCAAAGCAACAAGGGAAGCAACAUUGAAUCCUGCAACGUCACCACAACUCAAAAUCCAGCUGCUGGGCAAACUGAGCACAAGACUAUCAGAGCUUCAUCCCAGUUAGAAAUUAGUCAGAGCGUCACAGAUGGAUCAAAACAAGAUGUAGACAAUCCACUAAUAUCUCUGAAGCAAUACCUUACAGUUAAACUAACAAGGUUAUCAGUGCCACAAAGUUUACAAGCUGUAAAAACUUGUGAAGACAACAAAGGAAGAGUGGAGGCAAGAGGAAGGUGUAGGCAGAACCAGCGUCCUAGACCAACGACAGAAAAACGAAUGUCCAGAUCUCAGCAGAGGCAGGGAGGAAGUUCUGACAUCUGCUCCGCCGAAGGUAACAGAGGGGUGAGGGAAAUGUUUUUCAAGGCUGUAGAUAAAGUAAAUGAAAGGAAGCGGCAUACAAAUGAUAUUGUAGAUGAUUUGUCCCACAGCCUAAAAGAGAGGAAUGACAAGGUAAUUAAAAUACAAACAGUGUUGGAAGAAGAUACAUGUUGUACAUCAAAAGAGCAGCAGAGCAUUUUAAAAGACAAAAUUGACACUGAGACCAAUUCUGAACCAGUUGUAGGAUGUAAAAAUAAUAGAGUCCUGGCAGAAGCUAAACUGUCUGAAUGUAAAAAAAUGUCUAGCGGAGUAACUUCCAUACAAAAUAACAUCCAGAGUGUUAAAAAUAUAGCCAAGGAAGAAGUUCCUAAAUUGCCAGAGCGAAUGACUAGGUGUUUGAGUAAACACCCAGUAUCUAGUCAUGAAGAAGAUAUUGUUAUCAAGCAAGCAAAGGUUCUGCUAUCUGAUAUUUUUAAAAACGAUAAAUCCCUAAUAAAUAAGGGAUUAACAGGAGAUGCUCUAGGAAGAGCCCUUUCUUCCUUGGCCUCUAAAAACAUGCAAAAUGCUGAGGAGGAAGUAAAAGCUAAACUAAAUGGAGACGACUUUCGUUGUCCAGUACUGAGGAGGACAGGGAGAAGACGAAAGAUUAGGUCUAGAGCAGCAAAAACAAAAGCAGAAGAUAUGCAAAGUGCCAGGGGACACUUAAGUAAAGAUGUUUCAGGUACAGUUGAGAUGGAGUUGAGUGAGAAAAGUUUGCAGCUUCGGUCGCCAAGGAGUCAAAAUGACUCACCGGCCACCCGCCUCAACCCACUACCUCAUAAGUCAUUAAUAUCAGAAAAAGCUAUGACUAAUCUGCAUCCAGACACCAAUCCACAGACACACAUACAGUCCAACAUACCUCUGAAGAAACGUACAUUUCGCAGUUCUGUGGAUUCUUUGACACAAGCUUCAGAAAAGGACACUGAAUUAAAUUCAUCUGCAGCGCUGAGACCAGACCUUACUACGGGUGAAGGGGAGAGUAAAGUGAAAAGAGAAGGUACUAAAGUCAGACUUAGGAGAACAGAAGUCCAGAAGUUAGACCCUAAAAAAGCUACAAAGCAAACCACCUUUAAAAGAGUCCUCCGCUCCAGACCUAAUGAUGUUCAACGAAGCCAUUUAUGGAGGAAAGUUCGAAAGUGUAAAUUAGAGAAUCAAGAUGAGGAUGACAUCAACAAAGCUCAGAUACUAGAGAGCGAUAAACCUUCACAUGACGAAGAAAUUGACAACCCUGCUAAAAUACAGAAGCAGUGUUUUAUAAAUCCCUCUACAGGUGAAUGCAAAUGUAAAGAUCAUGCGGAUACCCUGGAAGAAUGUUGUUUGGAGGAGACAAAGCCAGGCCUUAAUUUUAAGUUCCGCCUGAAAAGGAGCAGAGGGAAAGUAUGGGAGAUGCAAAAUGCAGCAUUUGAAAAUCUGGCAUUAAAAACAGAAAAGGGAGACGAGUCAUGUGAUCCCUUUAAAGCAAUCAUGGAUUCUGUAUCAAUUUUAAACAUGGAGAUGGAGGCAGCUCAGGCUCAUGUGCACGCUAGUAAGAAGUCAAAGAACAUAUUGCACCGUUUGAAAAAAAGAGGUGAGCGGUUGAAUGAAAAGCAAGCCAUAAAUUUCUCUACUUGUGCAAAAUCAGAAAAAAUAAAUAAAAAUGUAUGUGGGUCCAGUGAAUCUACCUAUGAAAAAAUAGACAUUAAAAAUAGGAUUGAGAAAGAGCUUGUGGUUGGAGUGAAGCAGCAGAACAUGGAGAGCAAAAAGAAUAACGGUGAGGCGCUGGCAGUAGGACGGGAGACAAAAAUUGAAGAUCGUUUUCUAAGGCAGUGCUGUGUGUUUGAAAGUGGGUCACAACAAAAACAGGAGCCGGAAUUGGAUUUAAAUAGUUUUCAAUUACCAGUAAUAAAACUGCGUAGGAAGACCGAAGAUAUUUGGGAGGUGGAUAGCAAAGAGGAACUUUUACAAACUGAACUGAAAAGAGAGCUCAAAGUUAAGAAAGAGAUAAAAGGUCUGGUUUUAGGGAAACAAAAUAAAGGAUCUCUGGAUUUUAGCAACCUCAAAGAAGAGUGUCUCUAUUCUGAGAGACACAACAGCAACUCAGGCUCUUUGAAAACAGAACCACCACCAUUUUCUUUGUCUCUGUCACCGCUGUCUCUGUCUUCACCUCUUAAUGAUAGUAAAUCUGAAGUACCUCCAGCUGCCGAUAGAAUCGCUGAAAGGCCAGAGAUGAGCAGCGGAGGAAAGAAACAGAGACACAAAAUGGACAGAACACGCAAGUGUGGGCUUGUAGAAACUCCCACCACUUGUCUUAGUCAAACGCUUCAACAAAUAGACAACAGUCUCUCUAGGCUCUCAGAGGGCUUGUGUUCAUCUCAGACGUUGGAAAAGCCCACAGCCUGUUCCAGUGCUUCUAAUUCUGUCAUUCAACCUCAAUCCCAAUCUCCUCCAUUCACAACUGCUGAUAACAUGCUUUCCGGUGAACCCAACUUCACAAAUUGCUGUGAUGAUAUACUGGAUUUUCAGUGUCUUAACUUUGAGGGCUAUUACCAGCCACAGAACAUACUUCCGUCAUCUCCAUCAGAUUUGUGUUCACUGGACCCACCCACAGAUCCAUUUAGCAGCCCCCUCUCUCACAGCCCUUCUGAUACUUGGACUACCGAAACACCGUACCUUGGCCCUCCCAGUCCAGGAAAUAACUUUACCAGUGACGAUCUGCAGUUUUUUCCGGGUCUAAUUUCUUGCAAAAGUGACCCUGUUCCUCUGGGAUGUGAAGCGAAGGAUACCUCAAAAGACAGAAACCCAACCAACACUAGUUUUAGUUUUUCAGCUCUGAGCAAUUCUGACUUCAUGACUAAGGAUCGAAUUAUGAAUAAAAAUCCAGGAAUGAGGCUAUCCAAAGAAGACCACAAAACUCAGUCUGUAGCUGGCAAACCUCGGUUGCUUAGUGCACCAUCAUCUUGCGUUACAUCUCAAAAUCCUGUUACUUUAACCCAACCCUCCAUCAACAUCAAACAGAACACCAGCCAAUCAAAAAUCCAAUCUAACCUUAAAACCCAGGGCCCCUUCCACCGUAUGGCCAUUCCAAGUAAGUCCCAGUCUUUUCCCAUUAGUCAGUCAAACACAGUUAGAGGAGCACCCCAGAGUUGCUUGACAAAGUCUACCCCGUCAUCUCAUAUGUCUAACAAAUUCCUCUCUCCUCAGCUCUUCACUGUGAAAAAUCCUAAUCCUCCAGACAAUCCAUUGAACUUCCAUGAGAAAAGCUCUACAGUUAUUCACAGGGUGCUUAAGUUUCAGGGCGGGAACCAGAGUCAGAACUUGUAUAGUGCACCCUGUAAAGACACCAUGGCUGCUGGCAGCCCAACCAUCACAUCCAGAACUCUUGGUGCAAAAGCAGGUUCUAUAGAAAAGAUGCAGCAGAGUCAGAAAUUUGGGGUUAACACGGACUGUCCUCAAAAAGGCAACGUUGCUGCUCAUGGCUUUGGAAAGGAUGUCUGCCAUCUUGGUUCCGCCAUCAACCCCAGCAGGUCCAACCUCCCCUUUGAGAAACACAACUCCUCAGUUUCUCAGUCUUUUAUUAAAAAUAAGAUGUCAACUGACAAACAUGAAAGUGGUGAAACUAACAUGACAUACAAAAACUUUUCUGCGCUGCCUCGACCUUUCUUCUUUCCUAGCAAAGUGUUGGACGAAUAUUCAUCACCACACGACAAGAAUUUGAAACAGGAUAAAUCUAAUACGCCGACGCCCGACAAACACCAGCCAUGUUACACUCAGCAAGACCCUUUUGAUUUCAGCUUCAGCACAUCUCUUUCACCCAUGCCUCCUCAGCACAACAGCCCCCGAGUGGUCCACAGUACACCUCCUGAUACACCAGCAAACAAGAGUCAGUCCUCAGCCUCUUCAACUUCUUUUCCUUAUGGCUAUCAAGGUCCUCCUUACGUACUAAACUUCAGUGGAGAUCAUUCAUUGACCCUGGGUCUCAGGGAUGGUCCUGAUGGCUACCCAGGAUUAGGCUCAACUAACUAUACCUACCACUGCCUGAUGGAACCUUCUGGCACCCAAGGACGGUUGGUUCUUGAGCCCUGUGGACCACAGCUCUCUAAUCCAGCGUCAUUGUCCCUGGGUGGAUUUUCAGGGCUAAAAGGUUUGGAUGAACACUGCAGGAAGGACAUGCAGCACCAGUGUCAGCCUGGGGAACACCAGGGUACAUCACACUACGGACCUGUUACAUCUCACUCUAUGGGUCCAACAAAACCUAAGAGAGUGAGGUUAGUGGUAACAGAUGGCACAGUAGAUUUAGAUCUCCAGUACUCUGACUGAUUUAUACCUGCAGGAUACACUGCAUCCCAAAAAUACAUUUGGACGUUAAAAGUGAUUUUACAGUGUCUCCCACAGAAUUAUUUUUUUUUUGUAAACAUUGUAUUUCAUAGAAUAUGAUUUAUUAAAGCCCACUUACAUUUUCUAACCCAUUAGUUUGAUGAUGGACUGUUGAUGAACAACUCUCUUGUACAGAGUUUUAUUUUAAGCAUCCGAAUGCUUUAAUUACUGUAUAAUUUAAAAAAUCCACUACAGUUUGCUUACAAAUUUAAAAUGCAUAAAGAAAAUAAAGCAUUAAAUAUAUUUGUGACUGGGAUUUUGGACCUACUGGCCCUGUAAACAUUGAAAACCCUCUUAUUGUACUGUAACAUAGACGUAUGGAUUUUCUAUACUACAUAUGGUAGUAGAGUCAAGAGCUGCCAUCAUUGGUUGUUGGUACUUCUAUUGUUUGUUUUGUUUUUUGUUUUUUUUAAAGGGCACCUUUCUGCCUCAGUCUUUGAUAUGUUCCUGUGACUUUUUGAAGCACCUGUUGAAACCCUGUCUUGCUUCUUUUUUAUACUCACGGCAAGCUCUUUUCUCACUUAACUGUGUGUGAGAGUGUGUGCAUGCAUUUGCAGACGGGUCUUUAGGGAUCAAAGUAAGGUGUGUUGUCAUACCUGAUAUCGUAACUUUUGCUUUGCCAGAUUUAAGAUCAUUAGUGGUUAGUGCAUAAAAGAAAGGCUUGUGCAUGAAGAGUGUACAGUAAAAUGUUUUUUAACCUGAAACCCCAUAGCCUAGGACUACUCGGAAGAUGUGUUUCAUGAACUGCAGCUUUUCUCAGCUGCUGUAGAGUAGCUGUGUGGUCAAGAAAGUGGGAGACAAUGCAAUAUGUUUUUUCAGGGCAGUUGUGCUCAACGGUUUGAGGGAUAGUACAACAUGGGAUCUUGAAAUAUUUCCACCUUUGAUUAAAAAAAAGUGACAAUCUUCUUACAGAAUAACUCACUUUUGCAGUUUAUUUGGUCGUUUUUCCCACGGAAAGAACAGAAGGGUAAGUUGUGCAUCCUCUACAAUAGUUAUUGUAGUUAAUGGUAUUUUGUUUUUGUGGAUGAAGUUACACAUUCAUAAGUGUUUAUAUUUUAACCAGACUUAAUUGCUGUUGAGUGUGAAAGUCACGUGAGCAUUCCUCUCUUGUUGGGAGGUACUGUUUGUUGAACCCAUUUUACAUCAUUGGACAGGAAUGUUCAGUGUGACUACACAGCCUUACAUUAUAAAUAUGUACUGUCUUGAUAUGGAAAGGCCAAUUAUUUAUUUUAAUAUCCUCAUUCUUGAAAAGGUGCUUUAAUGUAAUUUAUAUAUCACCUUGAUUGUUCAAACUAUUAAAUGUUUUUUUAUUAUUUAAUGGGAAAUAAUACUGAUUAUGUGCGUUGAGUAUUUAAUUUCAAAGGUUUAUCAUCUUUAUAUUGUUUCUGGUAAAUCUUUCUGUCUUUCUAAUUGGCAGUUAGUCUUACUGAAAGUUUGUUGUAGAAAUGUACAAAUGUAGCUUACGUCAUUAAAUACACUUAAUUCUUUUUUCA